UAAGGAAGCCCAUUCUGUAAAGGAGCAUUUGCCUAUAUAUCUGUGAGCUCAAGAUUCGUGGUCUACCUGGGUCAGGCUUCUAGAAAAGUAGUGGUAGGAAUACGCCUAAAUGAAUAGAAAGAGAUUGAAUCCCAAGACUUGCUCAAUUCAUAUGCCAAGCCACAUUCUAAGGGGGGUCUGUAAGGAGGAUUAUCAAUGUGAGAACCUUUUACUGGAAGAGAAAUAAUCACACCAAAAAAAAAAAAAAAAAGUGACAACCCUUUGGCUAAUCCCCAUGUCUCACCAUUUUGUUUUUGAGCUACUGUCUGAUGUCUCUUCAUCCUUAAAAGCUUUGAAAAAAUGCCCCUGCAUAAACACACAAAGUAGGCUUUUGACUGAUACCAUAGCCCUGUGCCUGUUCUAAAAUACAGAGAACCACCUUGCUGCUGCUGCUGCUGCUGCUAAGUCGCUUCAGUCGUGUCCGACUCUGUGCGACCCCAUAGACGGCAGCCUAUCAGGCUCCCCCGUCCCUGGGAUUCUCCAGGCAAGAACACUGGAGUGGUUUGCCAUUUCCUUCUCCACUGCAUGAAAGUGAAAGUGAAGUCGCUCAGUCGUGUCCGACUCUUAGCGACCCCAUGGACUGCAGCCUACCAGGCUGCUCUGUCCAUAGGAUUUUCCGGGCAAGAGUACUGGAGUGGGUUGCCAUUGCCUUCUCCGAAAGAAACACCUUAGAAAACCUUAAAAAGGUCUGCUUAGGUACGGAAGCCAGCGGAACUUUAAGAGCCGGGCUGACGCGGAAGGGAAUCCGGACGGAAGGCAGCCCUUCCAAACCACAGCGGGUUUAAGACUUCCGCCCCGCAGAGAACUUGCCAGCACUCUCACCCUCCACGUCCGCCCAGCUCUAGUUCUGCGCAGUCUCCUGGCAUGAUUUGCCGUCUCUAUGGCAACCCGGUAGCUGGCGUCGGAAGAUGGAGACCUCUGAGUCUACUGACAGAUCGCAGUCGCGAUCUUUGGACUUACAGCCCAGCUCGGACGGACUAGGGUCCAGUUCCGAUCGCUUUUCUUCUUGGGAUGGCCGUCAGAGAUCGGCCCUGGUAGCUGCAUCCGCCGCGGCUUCAGCAGCUGCUACAGCCGCCUCCACUGCCAGAGCAGCUGCAUUAUCGACCAAGAGCCCAGCCCCCUACUCGAAUGGGAACCUGCUCGCGGAGCCCUCCUCUGACAGUCAGACGGAGCGCUACACUGCACCCAGAUUUACCUACAAGACAAGCCAUGGGAGACUCGGUUUUCAGCCUGUCGGUGUUUCCCGUAUUGCUCGGAAUCCCUAUACUACAAAUGACCUUAGCUCUAGCCGUGGCCCUAUUCCUGGCUCCAGUUCUGGCCCUGUUCCUGGCUCCAGCUCUAGCCCUGGUCCUGACUCCAGCUCUGACCCUGGACCUAGCUCCAGUUCUGGUCCUGGUGAUACCCCUGGUGGCGGCUCUGGUCAGGGUCCUGGAGGUGGCUCUGGUCAAGGCACUGAUCUUGGUCCUGCUGUUGAUUCCAGGCAUAGCCCAGGCCUUGGCCAUGGCCCUGGGUUCAACUUCUCUGCUCCUGUAGGCUUCAGAAACCCCAGGGGAGAUCUUAUCCCUAAUUAUACCGGCUGCAAACACCACUGUCACUGGGAGCCGCAGAAACAAUCCUGGAAAUUUUUGAAAGUCUCAGAACCUGGUGCCCGAGGGCUGUGGAAGCCCCCCGAAGUUGAAGGGAAGAGUACGGUUCUCAGUGAAACACUGCCACGGGGCCAGUGCCUUCUCUACAACUGGGAGGAGGAGAGAGCCACCAACUACCUGGAUCAAGUCCCAGCCAUGCAGGAUGGCUCUGAGAGUUUCUUUUUCCGACACGGACACCGGGGACUGCUGACCCUGCAGCCACAGUCACCUAUGUGCUCCUGCACCACCCAGAAAGACUCAUACCAGCCCCCAACAAGCCACUCUCAGCCAAUUCGAGGGAAGCGUGAAGCCAUACUGGAGAUGCUCUUGCGCCAACAAAUCUGUAAAGAGGUGCAGGCAGAGCAGGAACCCACAAGGAAGGAGCCUGAGGUCGAGUCUGUGACACACCACGACUACAAGAAGGAGCUGGUGCGGGCAGGGCCUCCUGCCCCGACAAAGCUCCACGACUACCGGACAGAGCAGCCUGAAACCUUCUGGCUGGAGAGGGCACCACAGCUUCCGGUGUGUGAGGGUGACCGGGUGCUGGGUGCGGGCGAGAGGAGGGGAGGAGGCUGUUCUGUCCCGGCGUGGUGCAGAGCGGGCCCCGUCCUCAUUCUGGCACCCCUCCAGGGUGUCAGUAACAUCAGGACCCUAGACACACCGUUCCGGAAGAACUGCAGUUUCUCGACGCCCGUGCCUCUGUCGCUGGGGCAGCCGUUGCCCUUUGAACCUGAGAGUUAUUCCCACCAGGGAGAAAUAUCUUCCCUUGCCUGUCAGGGAGGGGGGCAGGGUGGUGGAGGGGGUUGAACUACUUCUGUCUAAGGGCUGAGGAGGCAGGUAGCUGUGGAAUAUGGAAUCUCCUUCUCUCUGUGCUGGAGAGGUGGGGAGGAAGUGAAUUUGGU